AUCUUAGUACAAGAUCAGUGUCUCGUGAAAAGUCGAAGAGUUCGCGCAUAUACCACGGACAUCAUUCUGAAUCGUUUCCUGUUCUCCGUAUAUCUCGCGGUUCGAGGGUGGUGGAACGUAUAUGCAUGUUUUUAUAACAUGGUGGUCUUUGGCUGGAUGUUUUGCAUUUUUAUCAUAGGUAGUCGAGCAGCAGCAAACAAUGGCUUCAAAAGUUAUCCUACAACGGUGAAGACCUUUGAAAAUGACACGGUCCUGCUUCCCUGUUACGUCGAAGAUCUUGAUAACGUACAGACGAGAGUGAGGUGGUGGAGGGAUGGCAUCCUUCUGGCUGACAGCGGUGAACCACGACACGAACCACCUGAAAGAGUUAAAAUGUACUCAAACAGAAGCUUGGAGGUUUCUCACGUGAAACGGAACGAUACCGGAGAAUAUGUAUGCCAAGCGUCUCGACCAGCUCCCUGGGGACAUGCCACGCAAGUACACGAGAUUGAAGUAAUGUAUCCACCCAGCGUCCAUCCGAUACCAGAAUCUGGCAAGCUGGAAGUGAAUUUAGGAGAGGAAGUGGACAUGGCCUGUGUGGCAAAGGGUGUUCCAGUUCCAAUCAUAUCUUGGAGGAACAAGGACGGGGAAAUACCAUUUUUAUAUGAUAGAUCACGUCUGCGAUUCCACGCUGAAAGCCCCAGCGACGCUGGACGGUACACUUGCGUGGCAAAUAACGACGUUGGUGAACCUGCCAUGGCCACUAUAGAUCUAUACAUUAGAUACAAACCCAGGAUCGAGAUGACGAAAACAUGGAUGCACGCACCCGCUGGGAUAAGAGUGCAGCUACAUUGCGGGGUGACUGCCUGGCCGGAGGCAACGGUGGAAUGGUAUUUCAACAAUAGAAGUGUGAAAUAUUCAUCGAGGAUAGUGAAGCACAACGCAGGCAGUGAUCACAGUUUAGUGAUAAGAAACGUUAGGACGACGGAUUAUGGUUUCUACCUCUGCAGAGCUUCUAAUUCCUUGGGAAUUACCGAGGCAGCGGUCGAAUUAUCGGGUGUCGCGAAUCCGCCCGUCUUUAAAAAGACUUCGCACAGCCUCUCUAAGACCUCGUACAAUUUCGUCUGGGAGGUUCACAGUUACAGUCCAAUAGUUCAGUACGAAUUCAGAUUUCGUAAAUACGUGAACGGCGUUCCUGGUCAAUGGUGUAAAUUGUACAUACCCAGCGGCAACGAUGGAAACAGUUUCAUACACACAUACUCGUUCAAAUUGACGGGAUUGCAAGAAGCAUCGCAUUAUGAGGCGCUUGUUUUAUCGAAAAAUCGUUAUGGCUGGAGUAAGUCAUCGGAAAUAAUACGAUUCGCAACGGAAGGUGCUCUGGACAAAGAUAAUUACAUAACGAACGCGAUACAAGAGGAUAAAAUCGCACCAGCUGUACAACUUGCAUCGAUGUCCCAACAUCCCCCUCUGGAUACUGAUAACGGCGAAUCCUCUGUUACACAAGCAAAAGCAAUGACAAAUAUAAUAAUGAUAUUUAUAUUAUAUGUUUUCAACAUUAAUUUUUGUAAGUUGUAAGAUACUUGUAUAAAUUACUAACGUCGCAUUGAAUUAGGUUUUAUUGAUUAAUGAAGUAGAAACAGAAGAAAGAAAGAUUAGUUCUGUCCUAUAUUAGGAUAAAAUUUCACGAACAUUAAGCUGUUUGAACUUUAAGAUUGUAAAUAGAUUUAACUUACACGUUUAAUGAUAAUCAUACAUAUACAUAUGUUUUGACUACA